AUGGGAUCGAGUAGCUUGCUGGAGCAGCGUCAAGCUGAAGACAAGGCGGCAUGGGAUGCAUACUGGAAACUUCGUGACCUCGAUUCUCGCGGAACAAUUUAUCCGCGAAUAAAAUACUACGCCCACAAAGCAUUUGACGCUCCCGCUACGUGGUUUAGAGAAACAAUUGUUGAACCCAUCAAUAAUAGGAAUCGUUUGCCAUACUACCAGCGUAAAUUGACUCGAGUGCCUGAAAUAGAUGAAUGUGGAGUUAAUGAUCAGGUGAGUUAUUCAGCGAAAGCAGUUGUUGUCAUACUUAGUCAAGAACGUUGUUUCAAAGACACCUCUUUUCUCCACUUUUUUUGA